CUUUGGGGGUAAAAACUCGCUUAAACCUCCCUCGCUGCUCCUGUGAGCCAUGGUGUUAUCCACUCGCUCCUCCUGAACCCGUCCUCCCUCCCCCUAUCUGCAAUCUGAUAAUGGCAAACCUCUUAACCUCUUCGCACUUACCAUUUACAUUCGCAUACCCCUCAUUAUCAUCAUCAUCAUCUUCUUCUUCUUGCUAUUUGGCAUAUCGAAACUGUCGAAAUGUUGUAAGGUUAGCGUCGGCAGUGUCGUCGCCGGAGAGGAAGACGACGAGGAGGAGGAAGAGGAGACAGAAGCAGCAAGGUAAGGACGAGGAGGCAACAGUGACAGGUCUUGGGGUGUCGACCGCCGAGAAAGGGCUGAGGCUGGUGUUCAUGGAGGAGCUCAUGGAACGCGCUCGCAAACGCGAUUCCGCCGGCGUUUCCGAAGUCAUGUACGAUAUGAUUGCCGCCGGCCUUAGCCCUGGCCCCCGCUCCUUCCACGGAUUGAUCGUCUCCCAUGUCCUUGCCGGCGACGAUGAGGGCGCUAUGCAUGCAUUGAGAAGGGAGUUGUGUGAAGGCCUUUGUCCUCUCCACGAAACAUUUGUUGCAUUGAUCCGUUUGUUUGGUUCCAAGGGCCGUGCUACUAGAGGCUUGGAAAUUCUUGCUGCAAUGGAGAAGCUACAUUUUGACAUUCGUCAUGGUUGGCUGGUUCUUGUUGAGGAACUUGUCAGAAGUAAUCAUCUCGAAGAUGCUAACAAAGUGUUCCUGAAGGGUGCUGAAGGUGGAUUGAGAGCUACUGAUGAGCUUUAUGAUCUUUUAAUUGAGGAGGACUGUAAAGUUGGGGAUCACUCGAAUGCACUAACAAUAGCUUAUGAAAUGGAGGCAGCAGGCCGGAUGGCAACUACAUUUCAUUUCAAUUGUCUUCUAAGUGUGCAGGCUACUUGCGGAAUUCCCGAAGUCGCUUUUGCAACAUUUGAGAAUAUGGAAUACGGGGAAGAUUAUAUGAAACCUGAUACGGAGACAUAUAAUUGGGUAAUCCAAGCAUAUACAAGAGCAGAGUCCUACGACAGGGUACAAGAUGUUGCUGAGUUGCUUGGCAUGAUGGUUGAAGACCACAAGCGUUUGCAUCCUAAUGUGAAAACUUAUGCCCUAUUAGUGGAGUGCUUUACCAAGUACUGUGUUAUAAAUGAAGCUAUUCGACAUUUUCGUGCCCUUAAAAACUUUGAAGAGGGAACAAAGGUUUUGCAUAAUGAGGGAAAAUAUGGUGAUCCACUUUCAUUGUAUCUUCGAGCACUGUGUAGAGAAGGACGGAUCAUUGAGUUGCUCGAAGCUUUAGAAGCAAUGGAAAAAGACAAGCAAACACUUCCACCUAGGGCCAUGAUAUUGAAUAGAAAAUAUAGAACACUGAUUAGUUCCUGGAUUGAACCUUUGCAUGAAGAGGCUGAGCUUGGAUACGAGAUUGACUAUAUUGCCAGGUAUAUUGCAGAGGGAGGAUUGACAGGUGAACGCAAGAGAUGGGUACCUCGAAGAGGAAAAACCCCUUUAGAUCCUGACGCCCUUGGAUUUGUUUAUAAUUACCCAAUAGAAACCUCCUUCAAACAAAGGUGUCUUGAGGAUUGGAAGAUGCAUCACCGAAAGUUGUUGAGAACAUUGAGGAAUGAAGGACCUUUGGCUUUGGGGGUCGUUUCUGAAUCUGAUUACAUCCGAGUCGAGGAGAGGCUAAAGAAAAUUAUUAAGGGGCCUGACCAAAAUGUUUUAAAGCCAAAAGCUGCAAGUAAGAUGAUAGUAUCUGAGCUAAAGGAAGAGCUAGAAGCACAAGGUUUGCCCAUUGAUGGAACUAGAAAUGUGCUUUAUCAGCGCGUGCAGAAAGCAAGGAGAAUAAAUCGUUCAAGAGGUCGGCCCCUUUGGGUACCUCCAGUGGAAGAGGAAGAAGAAGAGGUUGAUGAAGAGCUUGAUGAAUUGAUUUCACGAAUCAAGCUGGAAGAAGGAAACACAGAAUUUUGGAGACGUCGUUUUUUAGGAGAAGGGUUAAAUAAUGAACACGGAGAACCCAUUGAUGUAAAGCUGUCAGAAGAUGAUGAUGUCUUGGAGGAUUCCACUGAAAUUGAAGAUGUUUCAAAAGAGGUUGAUGAUGAAGAGACAGAAGAAGAGGAAGAGGAUACUGAACAAACUGAAAUCCAAGUAGGUGAUAGGGUCAAGGACAAGGAAGUUGAAGCUGCAAAGCCUCCUCCAAUGAUUGGAGUACAAUUGUUGAAAGAUUCUGAUGCUACAUCCACCCCAGCUAGGAAAUCCAGGAGAAGGGUUUCUCGAAUAUCAGUAGAGGACGACGACGAUGACGACUGGUUUCCAGAGGACAUAUAUGAGGCAUUAAAGGAGUUGAGGAAUAGGAAAGUUUUUGAUGUAUCUGAUAUGUACACCAUUGCCGAUGCUUGGGGUUGGACAUGGGAAAGAGAACUGAAGAACAAGGUUCCUCGAAGAUGGUCACAGGAAUGGGAAGUUGAGUUGGCAAUAAAAGUAAUGCUAAAGGUUAUAGAAUUGGGUGGGACACCAACUAUUGGGGAUUGUGCCAUGAUACUACGUGCAGCUAUACGGGCUCCUGUGCCAUCAGCUUUCUUGAACAUUUUGCAGACAGCACACAAUCUUGGUUACUUUUUUGGGAGCCCCCUCUAUGAUGAAGUCAUCACACUAUGCCUUGAUAUUGGGGAAUUAGAUGCAGCUGUUGCUAUAGUUGCAGACCUGGAAACAAGUGGGAUCAAAGUGCCAGACCAAACCCUAGAUAGAGUUAUUUCUGCUAGACAAAGACCUGAUGACGUUGGUGAUGGCCAGUGACAAUUGCAGUUCAAUAGUUUUGUACAUAAUUCAUUUGUUGUAAUAAUAUAAUGCAUUUUGCUCCCUCAUGUCAUAAAAGCAGAGUCCCAAGUUUAGUUGAUGUAAUGGAAGGCUAAAAGUUGGAGGAAAAUUCAAAAAUAUUAUAAUUUUUAAAAUAAAUUAACAAAAUAUUGCAUGUUCCAAA